CGCCCCGCGCGCAGUCCCUGCGCCCCGCUCCGCCCGCGCCUCGCUGCCAGCGCCGCGCCUCGGGCGUCCAGAGCGCGCCCCUCUCACCGCAGCCGGCGCCGCCCGCGGCAGCCCAGCCCCAGCCUUCCUCCGCCUCCUCCUCCGCCGCCGCCGCUGCUGCUGGACACGCAGCCGCAGGCCGGGGCCGGGACGCAGCUGGGGAGUCAGGGACGCGCGCAGCCAGCCCUUCCCCCUCCGGCUCCCGCACCGCCGGCCGCCUCCCCUCGCCCUCCUCCUCUCCCCUCCCUGCUCCUUCGCUUCUUCCUCCUCCUUCUCUCCCAGCCCCGGCUGCCAGCACCAUGUCCGCAGGGGGAGAUUUUGGGAAUCCACUGAGAAAAUUCAAGUUGGUGUUCCUGGGGGAGCAGAGCGUCGGGAAGACGUCUCUGAUCACGAGGUUCAUGUACGACAGCUUCGACAACACCUACCAGGCAACCAUUGGGAUUGACUUCUUGUCAAAAACCAUGUACUUGGAGGACCGUACGGUGCGACUGCAGCUUUGGGACACAGCUGGCCAGGAGAGAUUCCGCAGCCUGAUCCCCAGCUACAUCCGAGACUCCACGGUGGCUGUGGUAGUGUACGACAUCACAAAUCUCAACUCCUUCCAGCAGACUUCUAAGUGGAUUGACGACGUCAGGACAGAGCGGGGCAGUGACGUUAUCAUCAUGCUGGUGGGCAACAAGACGGACCUGGCUGACAAGAGGCAGAUAACCAUUGAGGAAGGGGAGCAGCGCGCCAAAGAGCUGAGCGUCAUGUUCAUUGAGACCAGCGCCAAGACCGGCUACAACGUGAAGCAGCUUUUUCGACGUGUGGCGUCAGCUCUGCCCGGAAUGGAGAAUGUCCAGGAGAAAAGCAAAGAAGGGAUGAUCGACAUCAAGCUGGACAAGCCCCAGGAGCCCCCGGCCAGCGAGGGCGGCUGUUCCUGCUAAUGCAGCGCCGCCCUGCCGGCGUCCUAUGACACUACUUGCUUGUUGUGUUGCUUCCUAUUGGUUAGCUUCCUACGGGGAAAUGAGUUUAUCCAGAUGGGAGGAUUUUUCUUUUCUCUCUGUCUCUAGGAGUAGGGUGGGGUGGGGAGGGAGGCUGGGCAUCAGGGAUCACGUCACUCUUAACAGCUGUUACUUAAACAACUAUUUUUUGGUUUGGUUGUAAUAUAUUGUACUUUAUUAAGAUUGCCAAAAACUGUUAAAAUUUAAAAAAAAAAAUUUAAAUCAUGUGUAUACAACUUUUUGCCAGAUAAAAAUGUAGUCAUUUUUAUUUGAAAGAUGUGCUUUUUGUUUUUGUAUAUUUGUAAACUUACAAAGAACCUUUUCCACACACCUCCUCCUUCCUGUUCUCUUUGAACUGUUCACCUCCUCUGCCUUCCUCCCAUCCCCAGCCCAGUAAAUUAAAACAAUUAACUGAGCAACUUAAUUAGGCUCCGGUCCCAGGCCAUCUGGCCCCACCAUCCAGGCCCUACGUCGUUAAAUCAAACAUUGGUUCAACAAAGCCUCUGAAGAGGUACCUGUGCCUCUGCCUUCCGUGGCCAGAGUGGGACGUCAGCGCCGCCCUGCGCUGAGACUGAGGCCUUGCUGACUGCAGGGAGCCGGCGGCAAGCCCCAGGGCAGCCGCUUCCGCCUCUCUGUUCCCUUCCCUGAAAAGCCUUGAAGGGGCUCAAGGACACAGGCAACGUUGUGUUCCCUGUGCCCAGUGACUGGAAGAGCAAGAGGCCAUUGGAAGGACGGGGUGCUGUUGGCAGUUGUGGGCCGGGGUGGUGCAUGGCUUGUAGACUGGAGCACCAUGUGUAGUUCUGAAAAUGUUUUAACAAACCCGCCCAAGCAGUCAGCACACAUAGGCGGGUUGAAUCUGAGAAACUCAAUGUCUGACGUUGGGCAGCUGCCACCCUAAGCUGCAGCCUGUGCCACAUGGAAUUGGUCCGUCUGUGACUGGGGAAGGGAGGACUGUUUGCAGAACCACCACUUUGAAAGAUACAUGUUCUCAGAUCCUCGGUUGCUAAUACUGUUGAGUACUUUCUGGAAAAGCUGAUUUCUGGAUAUGUUUCCACCCCACUGGCGUGGUACAGUUGAAAUCCUUGUGGAUACGUUAGUGGGUGUGGUGGCUGCACUGUGGCCACUGAGCGUAUGGUUGAGGUGGGGUCCCUGAAGGCUGCCUAGGGUACCGCAACCUGCCCCCGAGAGCCAGCCUUGCCGUUUUUAACUCAUUCCCGAGAAUGGCUGAGUCCCGAGGACCUGUAAAAUCUCUGAAGAGAACUCUCUCUUCUCGCUCAGUGAUGUAACCGACUUGGCCAGCAUUCCAGAUAGACCCAGACUCACCGCCCCGGGCCUGCACGCAGCCAGGCAGUGGGCAGUGACUCUGGCCAGAACGUAAACCCCACCUUCCCAGCUGGCACUGGCCCUUCCCCAGGUGCUCACGGGCAUGUCGUGGAUGGGCGAACGACCAUCUGGGGCGUGGUGAGGUGAACUCCUCCACAAGGCAGGACUCCAACAAGGUUGUUGGAAUGAAUUUUGAAACUUCUCAGAAGCUAAUGCAAGAUGGCAGGCGCGAGAGCAGCAGAACCUGGCAGGACUGCCGCUUGUGCGGUGGGCCUGCCACGCACCUCUGCCAGGAGACUGUCUGACAGCUUUAGCGGGGAAGCAGGAUCCCACUGAGCACCUCUUCCAGAAGGCAAGGACCAAUGUAUGAGCGUAAUUCAAAUGUCAUGUGUUUAGUUUUUAUAUGUGUGUACAUAAUUAUAUAUAGAGAUAGACUUGUGUAUACACCUUCCACAAACACAUCCUCACACAGAGAAACAUGUGCUCAAUGUAUACUCCUUGUUUUUCCUGCUCUCAAGUUGGAACUUGCAUUGUGAUAACAGUUUUGGAAAUUCAAAAGUACUGCAAUGUGUUGAAAUAAGAAAUACUUACUAUUGUCAAAUAACUUGUGAUUGUCUUGCCAUCAAUAAAAUAAUGCAUAGAUGUGUUAAACUACAGGCAAAAA